AUGCCAGCAUGUAGAACAAAAGACAUCAUUUACCAUAAAAAAGAUGUUGCUCUAUUCGGAUACCACAACCAGGAGGGCUUUUCUGAGCACCGUUCCCGCAAUUCACAGCUUGGUCUCAUCUAUGGGAUGGAGUUGAAGGGAUUGACGACGUUUAGUUUUCUCAAAAUGUCGAUAACUUUAAAGCUUUCCUCCCUGGUUAUUCGAACACUAUCCAAACCCAUUGCUAACCAAAUCAAGGCACAGGCACGCGAACAUGAACGAUUCCGACGGGUAUGCGUCUCCUUCGCCCAAGCCAUCCAUCGGGUGGAUAUGCGCAUGCGACUGGGCCUCCUACAGAGCUCCGCUGCGUUAGAUAAACAGGCUGCACGCGAGACUGCUCAAUCCCAGGCCAAAAAACACAAACCCCAAGUUGCUACCGUGAAGACAGAAGCGCAAAUCAAGCUGGAAGAGUCCCUUGCUGCGAAGGAAAAGGAGAAGGCACAAGAACCACCCAAACCGCCUCCGCCGCUGCGAAUCCGACCACUUUCAGAGGCAAAGGCUAUUGACUCUGGAGCAACUUUUAUCAGUGAGACCUUUCUAUUUAUAGUCGCUGGUAGUUUGAUAGUAUUUGAGGCGCUCAGGUCACGGAGAAAAGAAACAUCGAGAAGAGAGGAUGUGGCAGAUCGACUUGCGGAUUUAGAAGAGUCCGAACAAGCGGCUCGGCGCGGACUUGUUGCUCUGGAGCGUGAAGUUCUUCAACUGAAAGCAAAGCUGGAGAAACAGUCGCCCAAAAACAUGCAACGAAUAUUACCCAAAGAUGUUUGGAAUGUUGAAGAAGCCGAGGCCGAAACCGAAGAACUUGGUUGGAAAUCUCGACUUGUCCACUAUUUUCGGAAAUCUAAGCUGGAGGAAAUCAAACGAUAA